AUGGAGGUGCAGCUGGGGGUCGGCCGCGUCUACCCACGGGCGGGGGGCAGGAGCUUCCGCGGGGCUUUUCAGACCUUUUUCCAGAGCGUCUGCGAGGCUUUCCAGGAGCCUCGGGAGGAGCCGCCAAGCAGCCUGCAGCCGCCGGCGUGCGCGCCCUGUCCGCCGAGCCCCCGUCCGCCGGGCUCGCCCGCCUGCCCCUCCGCCCCGGAGCCCCGCGGCGCCGGGAAGGCGCUGCCGGCCGGCGGUCGCGUCAUGGGUUCGCCCUUCCCCGGAGCAGGCGAGCUAAGGGAGCUGCUGUGCGAGGCGGGCGCACUGCCGCCGCUGCUGCCCCCGCCGCUGCCUCCGCCGCUGCUUCCGCCGCAUGCUGAGCCCGAGCCGGUGCCCGGGGAGGACCCGCUGGGCGAGAGCGCUAAACAGCUCUGCCGCGCCGUGUCUGCCUCCAUGGGCUUGGCGCUGGAGGCGCUGGAGGCGCCGUCCGAGCCACUGCCCCCCCCGCUGCCCCGGGAGGACUGCAUGUUCGCUCUGCCCGCUGGGCCGCCGCCCCGUGCCCCGCGCCCUCCCGCCGGGGACCAGCCCGAGCCGCCUCCCGCCUUCACGGGACCCGAGGCCGCCCUGGCCGUCGACUCCCCCACCGGGACGGGGUUCUACCGCGGCUCUCCGGGGCCCGCGGCGCGCCCGCCCACCGCCGUCUUCAGCCUGGCUUCACCGCCCGCCCGCAUCAAGCUGGAGAGCCCGCCGGGGCCGACGGCGGGCGGCGGCUGGCCUGUGCCGUGCCGCUACGGCGCCGAGCUGACCCCGCCGGGUCCCGCGGGGCCCUGGCCCACUUUCUUCGCCGAAGAGGGGCAGCUCUACGGGCCCUGCGCCGAGCCGCCCGCUGGGCCCCUCGCCUGCGGCCGCGGACCGCCCGCCGACACCGCCGACUUCCCCGCCGACGCCUGGUACCCGGCGGGCCGGCCGCCCUUCGCCGCUCCCGCCGCCUGCAUCAAGAGUGAGCUGGGACCCUGGGCCGAGGGUUACCCCGGCGCGUACAGCGAUGUUCGGUUGGAGGCUGGCCGGGAGCACGGCUUGCCCAUUGACUAUUAUUUUCCACCUCAAAAGACUUGCCUGAUCUGUGGAGAUGAAGCAUCUGGGUGCCACUAUGGAGCCCUCACUUGUGGUAGCUGCAAAGUCUUCUUCAAACGGGCAGCUGAAGGUAAACAGAAAUACCUCUGUGCCAGCCGGAACGACUGCACCAUCGACAAGUUCCGGAGGAAAAACUGCCCCUCCUGCCGCCUGAGGAAGUGCUACGAGGCUGGCAUGACUCUGGGAGCCCGCAAGCUGAAGAAGCUGGGUAACCUAAAGACACAGGAGGAUGUGGAGGCAGCCAGCUCGUCCAGCCCCACCGAGGAGCAAGCCCCCAAGCUGGUGAUGACACGCAUCGAUGGGUACGAGUGCCAGCCCAUCUUCCUCAACGUCCUGGAGGCCAUCGAGCCUGGCGUGGUGUGUGCCGGCCAUGACAACAGCCAGCCAGACUCCUUCUCCAAUCUGCUGACCAGCCUGAACGAGCUGGGCGAGAGGCAGCUGGUCUACGUGGUCAAAUGGGCAAAGGCUUUGCCAGGAUUUCGCAACCUGCACGUGGAUGACCAGAUGUCCAUAAUCCAGUACUCCUGGAUGGGCCUCAUGGUUUUUGCCAUGGGUUGGAGAUCCUUCACCAAUGUCAAUUCCAGGAUGCUUUACUUCGCUCCAGAUCUGGUCUUCAACGAGUACCGGAUGCACAAGUCCAGGAUGUACAGCCAGUGCGUCAGGAUGCGGCACCUCUCGCAGGAGUUCGGCUGGCUUCAGAUCACGCCCCAGGAGUUCCUCUGCAUGAAGGCUCUGCUCUUCUUCAGUAUUAUUCCAGUGGAUGGCCUGAAGAACCAGAAGCUCUUUGAUGAACUUCGAAUGAAUUACAUCAAGGAACUGGACCGGAUCAUCGCUUGCAAGAGGAAGAACCCCACCUCCUGCUCCCGGCGCUUCUACCAGCUCACCAAGGUCCUGGACUCCGUGCAUCCUAUUGCCAAGGAUCUGCAUCAGUUUACAUUUGACCUUUUAAUUAAGGCACACAUGGUGAGCGUGGACUACCCUGAAAUGAUGGCUGAGAUCAUCUCUGUGCAGGUUCCCAAGAUCCUGUCUGGAAAAGUCAAGCCUAUCUACUUCCAUGCACAGUGA